CGUCAGCUGCGAGGUCAGCGUUCGCUGCUCUAUUGUUGGCUGGCAGCUUGGCCGUUGGCACUCCUCCGACUGAGGCGACCAUGGCAGGGGUGGCCGCGCUAUUGCGGAAAACUCAAGAGUAUGUGAAGACCAAGGAGUUCCGGGAUUAUGUAACCAGCACCCACUUCUGGGGGCCUGUGGCCAACUGGGGCCUUCCGAUGGCUGCCUUCAAGGAUAUGAAGGCGCCUCCCGACAUCAUAAGCGGCCGCAUGACGACAGCGCUCAUCUUCUACUCCAUGGCUUUCAUGCGCUUUGCCUACCGGGUCCAGCCUCGAAAUUACCUGCUGAUGGCGUGCCAUUUUUCCAAUGUGGUGGCACAGAGCAUUCAGGCGAGCCGUUACAUGAUACACCACUACGGUGGUGGGGUCAAGGCCAGCAAACCUCCGGCCAAAUAAGCCUGAUGACUGGGGGAUGGGAGGGGUAGCCUGAACCAGACUUUGCAGCUUGCAAGCUUGGACUCUAUUCCUCCUUAAAAAAAAAAA